AGUCGAGGCUGCCAUAUACCAUAGACAACAUUGAUUGUACAUUUCUGAACGCAUAAAUAAAAAUUGACAUGACGUGUCUUCCAAUGUUCUGUCAAACAGUGACGUUUACAAUUGUGAUGGUGGUUUGAUGCCACCGUGGAAAAUAGAAGUAACUUUUUCCUCAAAUACUAAAGCAAAUCGGUGACAAAAUGUAUUCGGUGUUAACAAGAGGAAAUGCAAUAUUAACAUAUACAUUAAGUGUACUGGCAUGUCUGACAUUUUUAUGUUUUCUUUCAACAUUAACUGUGGAUUACAGAACUGCUGCACAAAUGAACACUGUAAAAGUAGUCGUAAAAAAUGUCCCAGAUUACGGCGCAUCUCGUGAAAGAAAUGAUCUCGGUUUUCUGACUUUCGAUUUGAAAACCGAUCUGUCCCAUCUUUUUAACUGGAACGUGAAGCAGUUGUUCUUGUAUCUAACUGCAGAAUACAUUACACCUAACAAUGAAUUAAAUCAGGUUGUCUUAUGGGACAAAAUUAUCCUGAGAGGUGAAAAUGCUUUAUUAGAUUUUAAAAAUAUGAAUACAAAAUACUAUUUCUGGGAUGAUGGAAAUGGUUUGAAAGCUCACAACAAUGUCACUCUCACAUUAUCUUGGAACAUCAUACCAAAUGCUGGUCUCUUACCGAAUAUUCAAGCUCUGGGACAACAUUCAUUCAAGUUCCCUACAGAAUACACUCAGACAAAAGUAUGAUCCGAGAAGAUAUACCAGUAUAACUAUGUGUUUUAGUUGAGAUUGAGUUUUAUGGUGAGAUGUGGAAUUAUACUGCUAUAAAUAAAUCGAUUUUUACUUUUGAACAGUGAAAUCUUUAGUUAAUAUGUUAA